AUGGGCCUAGACCGGCCCAUUUGGGCGCGUGAAGCUCACCACGACUCGCGACGUUUCGACUUCUCGAGGAAAACCAAGACCGAACAACGAUUUUUAUUUUACGUGUACACGUUUCCUUCCAUCUUCUUGUGUGUGUGUGUUUUCCAGGUUGAACAUCGAAAUGAUAAUGAAAAUCACUCUUUGUUGAGGUUCAAUUCAUUGUGGGAGGAAGCUUAUCGCCAUGACUCUCUUCUUGUUUUCUCAACGGGAAGAGCAAAAACAAUGUACAAGAAACUGAGGAAAGCGAGACCACUGUUAACUCCUGAUGUUAUCGUUACCUCUGUAGGAACUGAGAUAUCAUAUGGUAAAUCAAUGGUUCCCGAUGAGAACUGGGUUGAGAUCAUGAACAAUAAAUGGAACCGAGGAAUCGUCGAAGAAGAAACCCGCAAGUUCCCUGAGUUAACUCUUCAGGCAGAAACUGAGCAGAUGCCUCACAAGCUUAGCUUUCACGUUGACAAAAGUAAAGUCAAGGAAGUGACCAAGGAGCUAUAUCAACGGUUGGAGAAACGCGGGUUGGAGAUCAAAAUAAUCUUCAGUGGAGGAAUAGCUUUAGAUGUUUUGCCAAAAGGUGGAGGAAAAGGACAAGCUCUUUCUUUAUCUGAUCCUGCUGGCGUCUUUGUUCAUCCAUCUGGUGCUGAAAAAUCACUCAGAGGCACUAUUGACGAGCUUUGGAAGUACCAUGGGGACAAAAAAGACAAGAAGUUCCGGGUUUGGAUAGAUCAGGUUCUGGCAACAGAAACUACUCAUGGGACUUGGAUUGUAAAACUUGAUAAAUGGGAACAAACUGGGAAUGAAAGGAAAUGCUGCACAACAACCGUCAAAUUCACCUCAAAGGAAAAUGAAGGGUUUGUGUGGGAAAAUGUGCAGCAAACAUGGUCGGAGGAAUCAGAGGUGAAAGAUGAUAGCACCUGGAUAAUCUGAACGGCUAUUAUCUUUUUGGCUUUUACCAUAAAGCAUCUUAUUAUUGGUUGAAUAAAACUUGCAUUCAAAAGUGUCAUUUUAUGCGUUUUGGAAUCACCUAUGUAUUGCCACAAAAUAAAAAGAACAUGUAUUAUGGUUCGUUCGGUACAGUAUAUUCCAAAAUCUUACUAUUCUAUGAUUUAAUAAUGUUACUUAUCAGUAAUCAUAA